UCAUUUUUUGUAGAUAAAUGAUGUAAUGUCGUGUCCGUCUUGUUCAGUUGAAUCACAUUACGAGUCUGUCACUGCUGUACCUGAUCUGUUUGUACAAUGUUACAUGUCAGUUAUUGUAAAAUGUAAUACGUGUCAAUGUCAGUUGCAAUGUCAACAAUGUAACACACAUGUAUGUGUCUUACAACAAGAACACACUUAUGCUAAACAACAUACCAACGAUUCCUUUCAAGCCAUCCUUCAACAGCCUCUGGAUGCUUCUAUCACAAGUGAGAUGGAAAAUUUAGGUCACCAUCUCAUGCAACAAAAAUCGAGGAAAUCAAAAGAUGGGGUGGUGACAUUUAUAUCAGGGGGAAAGGUCAAGAAAUUCCGUUCGAUGAUUAGCGGAUCCGAAGAAGCAACCAAUGAGCAAUAUCACCUUGAAAUUUCGGGUCUGCAAUGCGAACUAAAAGACAUACUUCGUACCCCCUUUCGGAUGCCACAUGGUGACAUCAUCUACAUUUGGGUCUGAGUGGAACAAGAACGAGAGUAUUGAAAAGGUAAGCAAGUGAACAUAAGUGCUUAAAAAAAAAUUUGCUCAGCGAUACAUUACAGAAUUUUAUAUUCAUCCAGUUUUAUAUUUUGAUUCUACUAGAUGGUUAGCAAAAUAUCAGAUACAAUGCGAGAGUGAGGCCAGCAUCCACAGACAGGAGAGCCGAGUAAUCAAUGACAACUUGCUAAAAGAAUAUCUCCCCCUUUUGGUAAAGGACAAGAAAACAGAAGAAAUGCUAUUGACUAAUGUCCCACUUGUAGUUGUUAAAAAUUUGGC